CCGGGCCCUACAAAUCACCGGCACCAAAUGAUGAGUUCGCUCGACUUCGCCAACGCGCUGUUCUCCAAAUACCAGCAGCGAGCCGCCGCGGGCUGCUCCUCUCUCCUCUUCGCAGACCCUCCAACUUCUCCCUGCCCGUCUUCCCCCGCUGCGUCUUCUUCGUGCGCCCUCGUGUCCAGCGGAUAUCACUUCCAUGCCUCCGGUGGAAGAGGCGGCCAUCUCCCCCCCUCCUCCAUUUCUUCACCUCCUUCCUCCUACGCCUUCAUCCCCUCCUCUUCUUCUUCUUCUUCCUCGUCGCUCCGUUUGUCUCUUUCGGGACUGAACCGGAGCGGUGGGAUCGACCAGCCCGGCGGGAUCGCGCAUCCUCCCAACAGAGCUGAAGUGCGCGCAGCCGGGCCACCGAGCUUCUCCCCGCAGGGAUGCGCCGCGGAGCUGUUCCCCAGUCGGCCUCAGCAGCUCUCUGAGCCGGCCUGCAGGAGGCAGAGUUUCCCAGAGCAGCAAAGGCAGUCAAACGAGGAGGAGCCACGGAUUUACCCCUGGAUGAGAAGCUCAGGUGCCGACAGGAGACGCGGGCGGCAGACGUACACGCGCCACCAGACGCUCGAGCUGGAGAAGGAGUUCCACUACAGCCGGUACCUCACGCGGCGGCGGCGGGUGGAGGUGGCGCACGCGCUCUGCCUCACGGAGCGGCAGAUCAAGAUCUGGUUCCAGAACCGCAGGAUGAAGUGGAAGAAGGAGAACCGAGCCACCGAGGGCGGCUCCCCGACGGCGGCCUUACAGACAACUGGAGAUGAGGAGGAGGAGGAGGAAGAGGAGGAGGAAGAAUAGGAGUGACAAUAACUCUACUGGACACUUUGGCUCCUCGUUUUUUUUUCUCAAUAAGCUACAUUUUCACUAGUGAUGUAGGGAAUUUAAAGUAUUUUCUUUCUGUAUGUACGAGCAAAGGAACAUUUGAAAUCAGAAGCACGUUUUUUUUUUCUUUUUAUAAGCAAAUACAUAUCCAUGUUGGUUUAUUUUAGAGUUUACAGCUCAAUAUAUGUUUUAGCUCAAGCUAAGAAAAAGGAGGCAAUUCAUUGAAGGCACUAACUUCCAUAAACACUUGAUUUUUAGAACAUAACAGUGAUGUUUUAAGCUUCUUAGUCUUUUAAAGUCAACGGUUUGCUUCAAAUACUGUCGUUUUUCAGAGGUCAAACUGAAAUGUAUUGAUCCUGGUUCCUCUCAGAUGUCGCAUUCUGUCCCACCACAGGAAAAGCUUUUUUUUUUUUUUUUAAUCUACAGUAUCCCUGAAGUUAUGAGAACAAGCUCGCUCCUCUGAGCUGCAGCAGAGAGAGAAUGCAAACCUGGAUAUUAGUAGAAAUGUCUGCAGUGAGUGGGAUCAUGUGCCGAUUAUUAUUUUAUGUGUGUUGAAAUUUCAGAUUAAGACAGCAGCUCUAAUGUGCUCCAUCCAGGUGGUUCUUAGUAUUUAAAGCAAUCACAAAAUGUAUUAUACUUUCUGUAAUGCUGCAGCUCCAUUAUGGUCUUAAUGAUGUGUCGUAACUAGACCCCCUUUCCUCCAUUCGGUUUUAUUACUAAAACACGUAGAUUGUAUAGGUGUUUAAUCUAUGAGACCUAUUUUUGAAUCUGCCGCAUUGCUAAAGAUAUGACCAAUGUAUGUGCUCAAUAUGACCGACACCAGUUUGCACCAGUACGAAUGAGGGUUUGAUCCUUUUCCCGUUUGAUUAUAAUCAAUGUAAAGGUCUCUUUUCCAAUGAUUGAGAAAGAACACUAAGUUAAAUGGAGAACCAACGGUUUGUUUAAAGACUAUCUCAUGGAUCAGUGAUGUGUGAUUUUUUUUUUUUGGUUGAAUUAGCAACUGACUGAGUCUUAAUUUUCUGUUCUUUCGUCUGUGUUUAUGUUGCCCUGAUACAUACGUGUUCAGACUAUAGUGCACAUGUAAAUACAAGAAAUAAUACAAAA